AUGCCUAAGGUGAAUCAAGUGGUGCCAAUAGGUGGUACACAAUACGAUGUCAAAUCGACCUCGGGUCAUCAUCAACAAACACCCACUCAUGGUUCUUCAACUAAGGAUGAUACCUUUUCGUUAACCACCAUGGAUCGACGAUUCUCAGUAACGACCGGCAAGACACUUUCAGACUCUGUUACAUCUCAAACAAUUUUGAAGAAACAAGUAUUUAGCUCACAGACGAUCGUUGGUUUGUUGGAGAAGAUUCCUCUUUCACUCAAAUUAAUUUUGGUCGUGGUCUUUGCAAUAUUAUCUUUGUGUGUUUUUGGUGCCUUAUUAAUCGUUAACUCAGUGAAACAGAUUAACUCAGCUGAUCAAAUCCAAAAUCUGGCAGAAUUUUCAGUUCUCAUCUCGGAUUUGGUGCACUGUAUUCAGAGAGAACGUGGUUCAUCUUCGAUCUAUUUGGGCUCAUCGGGCACACAGUUCGUAAAGGAACUUUCAAAUUAUCGUAACGACACCGACGUUGCCGUUGCCGCAUAUUUAGGACGAACUGUUUCAUUGAAUGCUAUCAUUUCGGAUUCAUCCUCUCGUUAUUUCUUGGAUGCAAGCUCAAAUCUCGAUAAAAUUCAAUUCUACAUCAAUGGCUUGCAGGCAUGGCGUCAAAGGAUCACGAAUUUAAAUUUUACAGUUGCAAAAGUAGCAUUGGAUUACUAUACAAAUUGGAAUACGGCCAUGCUAGAUACGUUAAUAAUCUUGUCAAGCCAAAGUUCUGACUCUGAAUUUGCCAUGGUGCAAACUGUAUUCAACACAUUAACCGAACUGAAAGAACUAACUGGUAUUAAAAGAGCGAUAGGAAGCAAUGGAUUUACCGCAAAGGCCCUCUCCACAGCUAACUAUAAUUAUUUCCUUCAAAUCCAGGCUCAAGGCAAUUUGCUAGAUCGCCAUUUAAAACUGUUGAGCUCAAAAGAUACCUAUACUUUUUAUCAAUCGACUGUGAUGAGCACCCAAGAGGCCUUGAACUGCCAAAUUAUGGAAUCAUAUUUGAUUCAAAAUUACCAGUCUGCAACUCUCUACUCAUCUUCUCAGUGGUUCAACAACAUGACCGUCUUUAUUGACGAUAUGAGAGAGGUUGAAAAUUAUCUUAGAGAAAAAACCCUUGCCCAUGCAAGUGAUUUGAAUAGGCAGGCGACUGGAUCUCUGGUUGCCUUCACAGUGAGUACAUUCUUUGUGACUUGUCUUUCCACUUGCAUUGCAAUCAUUUUCUCAAAAACCAUUGUUGGACCAUGGCAAAGAAUUUUGGCAUUGCAAGAAGACACUGUUUACAAAUUUGUUCCAAAAGAAUUUCUCUCAAUUUUGAACAAGGAUAAAAUCACUGAUUUGAAAUAUGGAGAUUAUUUUGAAAUGGAAUUGGAUGUCAUGUUUGUGGAUAUUCGAAAUUAUACUGGAAUCAGUGAAAAUUUGCAAACAAAAAAGAUUUUCAAAUUAUUGAACAAGUAUUUGAAAAAUGUUGGUCCAAUCAUUCGAAAACACAAUGGUUACAUUGACAAAUAUUUGGGUGAUGGAUUUGUUGCCUUGUUUUUGGAACCAGGUCAUGCAGUCAAUGCAGCAAUUGAAAUUCAAUUAUCGUUAAAGUUGUUUAACGAAAAUCUUGCUCAUAAAUAUCCUCAUGUUGCAGUGGGGAUGGGAAUAACGCGAGGAAUGGUUGCUGUUGGUCUGAUAGGAGAAUCAAGAAGAAUGGAUGCUACUAUUAUAUCAGACAGCAAAUCAUUGACACCACCCCUAUGGUCAGAGAGAGCUUUUUUCAGAAAAAUUGGCAACAUUAUCGUCGCAGGUAAAAGUCAAGCCAUCCAAGUAUUUGAGGUCAUUCCAUUCGAUGACUCGCCAAAGAAGAGUACCAAGGAUUUGUUCGAAAAGGCGAUCGAUUACAUGUAUGAUCGUGAUAAAUUCAAUAUUGCAGAGGCUCUCUCGCUACUCAAACAGAUUCUCACCAUUGACCCAGAAGACGAACUUUGCAAGAUGAGGUUGUUCACCGCAGAAUCCUUACUUAAAGACAGCUCUCAAUGGAGUCACUGUGAUCGACUGACAAAGAAAUAG